AUGGGGGAGACUGAGAAUGUCACCAAGGUCAUGGAGAAGAGGGGACCAGGGUGGCGAGGAGAGCGCUGGUGGCAUGGGAAAGUCACCUCCGAGAUGGAUCUGAAAGGAUGGGAAGUGUCGGGGGGGUUGGAGGGGAUGCAUAAGAAGGGGCAGAUGGUGCCCUUGGGUUGCUGUGUGGCCUCAGAGCUUUCUUUCCUGCUGGAGCCCAGCGAUGUGAUCGCAGUGAGGGAACGGCCGCUCUUGCUGGACUGUCGGGUGCAGGGUGAGGAGCCGAUCAUGGUUACGUGGCGCAAAAACGGGGUGUCUUUACCCACGGGCCCGCGGGUUCGGGUGCUGGCAAACGGAACCCUUUUCAUCCAGAGCUUCCAGAAACGCAGAGAGGGCAGUGACGGGGAUAUUGGCGAGUACGACUGUGCCGCCCAGAAUCGCUACGGCAUGCUGGUCAGCCGCAAGGCCAAAGUCCUGUUGGCAUCUCUUCCUAAGUUCCACACACACCCAGUGUCCAUGUCUGUGGACGAGGGAGGUGUUGCUCGCUUCCAGUGCGAGAUCAACGGAGUACCUGAGGCCAACAUCACCUGGGAGAAAAACAGAGUACCACUCAAUGGCGGCGACAGCAGAUACACUCUACUGCCAAAGGGGAUUCUCCAGGUGACUGGCGUGAGGCAGAUAGAUGCUGGCAUUUUCCGCUGUGUUGCCGUCAACAUUGCCAACACUCGCUUCAGCCACGAGGCCAUGCUCAACAUCACUGGUGGAGCUCCCAGAAUCUACAAGGAGCCGGUCAUCCUGUCAGGACCCCAGAACUUGACCAUCACUGUCCAUCAGACGGCCAUCUUGGAGUGCAUUGCCACAGGAAACCCGAGGCCGAUUGUUUCCUGGAGCAGGCUAGACGGACGCUCCAUUGGGGUGGAGGGUAUCCAGGUUCUGGGGACAGGGAAUCUGAUGAUCUCAGAUGUGUCCCUGCAGCACUCUGGUGUGUAUGUGUGUGCUGCUAAUCGACCUGGCACCAGAAUGAGGCGCACUGCACUCGGACGACUCGUAGUACAAGCUCCCCCAGAGUUCCUCCAGUGGCCGCAGUCUGUGUCCAAACCAACAGGGGGCAGUGCUGUGUUCACCUGUGUGGCCCAGGGCGUUCCUGAGCCACACCUCAUCUGGCUGAAGAAUGGCAAGGUCCUGAUGCCUGGCCACAACGUCAAGCUGACCAAUAACAACAGCACUCUGGCUCUGACCCGUAUCAGCUCAGAGGAUGAGGCCAUCUACCAGUGCAUCGCUGAGAACAGUGCAGGCACCAACCAGGCCAGCGCCCGUCUGGCUGUAGCCCAGGCUAAAGACCUGCCUGCCACCCCAGAGGGGCUCACAGCUAGCGUGCUGUCCGCCAACGCCCUGCAGAUCACAUGGACCGAGCCGCCUGCCGACGUCACCGACGGCAUCAUCGGAUAUGUCCUGCACAUCCGCAAGAUAGGAGAGCCUGACAGUCUGGAGCUGCAGGAAGCCAUCAGCAAAGGCUCCUUCCAACAUGAUGUGACCAACCUGGAGCCAGCCACCACCUACUCCCUGUACCUUAAGGCCUACUCUCCCAUGGGGGCAAGCCAGCAGUCUUCCACUGUGCUGGCUACAACAUUAGGGGGCGUACCAAGCCCUCCCACCUUCUUCACCAAGGUGGUGAACUCCACCAGUGUGCAGGUUCUAUGGGAGCUCCCCAGUAAGGCUGGCAAGGCUGAGGGCUUCAGACUGUCCUACCGCAGGGUCCCCAGUGCCGCCUUCCAGGGGCCAAUCCAGCUGUCCUGUGACAUCAACGCCCAUACCAUCACCAAGCUGGAACCGGGGGCAGUGUAUGAAGUCAAACUGGUGGCCUACAAUGGAAAUGGGGAGAGUGACUGCUCCAAGAGACUGGUAUCAUUGGCCGAGGAAGGCACGAGUGACUCAAGCACAGGUGAAAAGAGCAUGUGUCAGUGCAGGGAUGGAGAGGCCUCUCUGGGCAGCAUCGUCAUUGGCAUCCAUAUCGGCACCGCCUGCAUCAUCUUCUGUGUUCUCUUCCUCAUGUUUGGAUACCGUCGCAGUUUGCUUUGCAGUAAAGGGACUCAGGACAGCUGGUCUGUACCCAGGGACAACACCAGACACAAUGGCAUCUCUAAAGAAGCAGUGAACCAGCCCAGUGUGGAACCCUUGCCUCAGGCUGUCUCUCCAGCGCAGUGCCAGGUCAUCAUUGAGCAGCAUCGGUCAGGUUUGCCUGGCACAGUCACUGGCUAACGCUGGUCAAUAAUGUCAACACCCACAUCCCUGUUCUCUCCUCCAGUAGUCUGAUAGCCUCCCAUCAAUGAGCACCUCCCGUGCUCUUUGAUGGGAGUCAACACCCCAAAAACUGCUGCAAAUAACCCGGAAAAAUAGCCUCCACCAUUCUGUGACAGAACACCACCCCUCCCCUAUCCUUCAGCCCUACCUCAAACCAAAGCAUAUUGCCUUUAUUACAUGCACAUUUAUUUAUGUGCGUGUGGAAAAUUAUUUCUGUGUGUCCACUCAUGUCACUUCUCCAGUGGGAGUCUGAUCCAUAACCAAAAUAUUCUAUUUCUCAGAUCCCCUCUGGGAAGGUGACAUAUGAAGGGGUGCACUGCGGUCCCGAAACACAAAUUGUGCCAAAUAUUUUCACCGAACUGGAACCUUCCAUUCAGUCUGUUGUGACACACAAUUGCCUUUGCCUUCAGUUCCUCUGCAAUAAAAAAGGAAAGAAACAUAGCGGCCUUUUGCGAACGCCUUACAGACGUGAGAGUCUGAUUAGAAAUGAUUGUCUAUAACCGUACAAGCCAUUUAGAAGAACCAUGCAGACAGUCAUUAUUUGCGCCACUCUUCCUCACCCAGAAGCUACACACCGCCAAAGAAAGCUACCUCAGUCUGACAAGAAUGUCUGAGCCAUAGAGUUAGGCCACUGUUAGCCUGAUGAUGCUGCUUGUGCUAGCCUACCUCAACCAAAAAAAAAAAAUGCCCUGAAACCCUUUCCCCAGAGCAACUGCUUCCUUGACCAGUGCUAGUGCCAGUGUACCGUGCCAGCUGCCAACCGGGCCAGUUCGGAGAGUGCUUGCCAGGAUGACUACCAUGGAGAGCGCAACUGUGGCAGAGCCUGAACCCCACUGCCAAACACAAGCCUUACCGUACCAGAGAUGAUCAACAAGAGCCUUAACAGCCUCCUGUCACCUCCUGUUUCUGAUUUGAUGUCAGAAGAUAUCAUGAAGGCCAUGAAGUGUUUCCUCUUCGAUACUGUUGCUCCAUGAAGUGGUUACCCAUGGCCUUCAGAUGCCCACAAGUGUCCACCUCCAAAGACAUAUUAUGCAGAGUUGGAGGCUCAUGGAAAAUAUGAACCUCAAAGAGUUGAGUGCUUUGCGAACCUCUGAGCCAUGCAUUCGAUUCUUUUCUGAUGUCUGACAAAGAAAACGAGUACAGGAUACUUGUUUGAUCUUUACACCUGAUGGCAUACUGAAGACAAACCAAAAGAUGACUGCUGCCAGGUUAACUCUCCAGAUGCCAAAUUGGUCAUCCUGAGCCUCAACGACACUGAGUUGGCAGCUAAAGAAGUUUUUGAGGUGAAACUUGAAGCCUGAAGCCACGGACAAGGCUUGUGGCUCACCGUGUCAGCCUAUCCAAAAAGUUCUUCCAUGAAAACCAAGCUGAAUGACACCCAAAGAUGUAAACAUUUUGAUGGUUUUCUUUAUUUUUCUUUUAAACCUUAUUUCAAGAGAGACUACAUUUACUUACAAUUUUGGAUUGUUCCUGUUCGAGAGGGUCCCCUGCGUGUAAAGUGCUUUAACUGAACCCAAGCCAAAAAGAUUUUUCUCAUGAUUUCAUUACCAUUUUUGAAAGAAUAUAUUUCAUGUCCUUUUGUUUGGAAGUCAUUGCAGGUUAACCCCUCCAACAUGGAACUCUAUUUUGUUGAAUUUAACAUUUGAUUUAGAAAGAGUGACCAAAUGAAGAUGUCAGAUAUUUUGAAAGACUUUUUUAUGUCAAUAUUAUAAGAAUACUUGCUUCAUUUUUUUAAAGUAGUUGAAUUCUUGCCAAAUAUUUAGCUAUUGUAAAGAAAUAUGUGACCAAAUACCUCUACAUUUUUAACAUUCAUACUCUCUACCUUUACACCUCAGCACCAAAGCACAGAAACAUGCUUGUGAAUGUGAUAAUAAAUAAAUGUGAAAACAGCAGGUGAACCUUGAGGGCAGCAGCUUUAAGCAGGAACCACGAAGAACACAACCAAACUAAAGCUGAAGUAUUUUUCUCUUAUGAAAAUAAAAUCUGCACCAGCAUUGUGAAGAACACAUAGUAAUCAUAAAUGCUGAAUAUAUUUAAUUAAACUUCAGUUAAUAGUUGUUUCACUGUAAACAAUGACGUGCUUUAAAAAAUGUAUUAAGCAGUUGUUUACUAUAAAGUUGCAGCUGGUGUUUAUAAACCUUUAUAAUGUCUUAAUUCAUGGUUUGUUAGCAGUGAAAUAGCUGUGAACUAAAGUUAAAUUCACUUUUGAUGGUUAUUAUAUUAUAAAGUGCAUUUGUAAUGUCACCAUUUUAGCACUGACGUUAAUAGCCAGAACACAGAACAAAGAACACUAAAUGAGCCUCAGACAUUUUUCAACAACCAAAAGUUAGUUUACAAGGUUGUGUCUCCUUCUCAUCUACAAGUAAAGACACGUCAUGAUGUUGUCAACUGAACAAACAAACCAAACCAACAUCCACCAGACUGCUGCAGGGUCAACCGACCCAGGGGUAAAUCCUGAAAAUAUACAUUCACAUUGCACACAAAGCCAGAUGUUAGAUGGAUUAGAUUGGGGGGAAAUGUUUUUAACCAGGGUUUAAACCAAAGCUUUGCAUCCUAUUACCUCUUAUAACACAAAAAGAAUUAUAGCUUGAUCCAAAAGUGUGUGUUGCCUCAAGCUUUUAUGUCCUCAAGGUUUACGUCCAUCACACUGAAUGAGUGUUAAAGGAUUAUUCAAAGCAGAGCGGUAUAAAAAAAAAGAAGGGCCUCUCCCUUCAUCUCCUCUCUUACACAACUGAAAGCUGAUAAACCAAGGUGAUACCAAAAAGUGUAUUUGAUAUGGAAGAGCUAAAAAGUCCAUGUGUUUUUGUAGUAUGAAGUGUGUAGCGGUUUAACUUGUUUUGAAAAUGGAAAGCAUUUGUUGCUUCUGUUUGGAACGAGUCGUUUCUCUGCCUCUUUUCAUUUGAGUCUUUCGUUCUUCCUGCUGUGUUCAGGAAAAAAGUUGCCAAAAGUUUGCUUCUUUUGAAAGUUUAUUAUUGCUAUUACUAUUAUUAUUAGAUCUCAUAACGUUAAUUAUGAUGAGUUCAGAUGUUUUCUUUUUUGUUACAUGUGUGAUGAUGAAAAUGAUUGUUAGAAUGACUUUGUGUUGGUCUUUAAGCAAAUUAUGUGAGUUUUUCCAGAGACAGAAAAUUUAAGGCUUGAAAAUGUUUGAAGCCAAACUCACGAUCUGCCCUAAAGAGCCAUCAACUAGAAGAAAAAUAACUACAAAAAGAAGGGAAAAAAAUGUAGGAAUGUAGAAGCUGGCUGCUAGUACCAAUGAGAAACAAUGCUUUAAUGAUUAUAAGUGCUUCUCUGUUUUCUCAGCUUUCCAACUGAAACCUAAAGCUUUAACCUGUUCUGACUGAGCUCCUAUCCUCGGUCUUUGGCCAGAAUGAAAAGGUUUGGAGGUCAGGACUGACUGGAGGUAAGCUGCAGUUAGGAACAAAGACCAAGAUGUGACGUGGAAGGUUUCAACAGUACAUUUAUUUUACAUGUUAGGGUAAUAUAGUCUCAAAAACUCUAUUUCUAAUGGGGUCAGCUCUCACAAAGGACAAAAAAAAACUCAGUAUACAUUUCCUGCUGCAGUCUGCUAUAAUCAGUAGCUUAUGCUGUCUGAUGUUAUCUAUUAUGUACAUAUUACUUUAUUAGUGGCAUUACUAGUCUGUCCUUGCACUUCUUUAAAACUACGUUGGAGUUUUGUAUCCCAUUACAACAAUUCAACGGCAGUUGUAUUUCUAGCAUGAUUGUACCACCUGAAAGAAAAAUGGAUGAGAGGGAGAUUGUUUUUUGCAAUUUGUUUGAACUGACCCUUUAAUGUUAUUUAUUUAUUUAUUUAGUUGGCUGUUAGUCGUUAAGUUGUGAAAGGAAUUACAAGACAACAUCAGCACAUUCCCAUAGACACAGUGAGACUCAUAAGAAAAUACUAAUGUAUUUAUUGUCAAUUAGGAAACUGAUUAAAAAAGUGUCCACAAAAGUUUUGUUUCUGUUGAUAGCUACUGAUGGACCACAUUACCUAUUAAAAUGUACAUUAAGGGAAAUAGAAUAAACAUAAAUUCAGAGAAAGGUCAAAUAAACAUAAGCAUUGCAGGGCUUAAUUAUGAAAGUGAGAUAGUUUGAAUAGUUUGAAGUUCCUCCCCACAGCUUGGUCUCUGUGUGACUGCAGUCUGCUCUCAGUGUCAGUGUCUGGACUCACCUCUGCUUUUUCUCCUUCACUGAUCACAUGCCAACAUGCCUGAAACCAAAUAAAGACAUUUUGCUUAA